UGGGCUUGCCGGUGUGCUCUGAGAGAGAUCGCGGGACUGCGAAGUAACGGGGACAUGGCAAGGGUUUAGAUGAGGCUUAGUACCGUCCUAGUGCCAUCACAGCGAGACGGCAAAUAAGGAAACGGACAUACAUCAAGUGGCAUACGUCAAGAAAGCUAGGCAGAAAAAGGGAUGCAGUGAGGGAACAAGAGCUUGCUGGCCACUGAAAUACAAAAGAUGCUUGUUGCAAACAGACACACUGGUGAUGAAUGCGAGUAACCUUAAUAAGUAUUUUGUAGCCCUUCGAAAUUCGCUCGCAUGCUCCUGUAUCUUAUUAAACUGCUCUCGCUUGAAGGUUCCCUGAGCCUCCGUGUCUGAAGGAGAGUAUGCUAAGCCUCAGGUACUUCUGUCAACAAGAGAUGGGGCACGACGACGUCGCUUUCACUUAAUCCUCACACGGGCACAUGCAGCUGCACUGAAGCAGUGCAUCAGCGUGGUGCAAGGCAGGAUUCACGGCAGUCUGUUUUCAAUCAGAAUGUAAAUAAGGGCUCCUUGUGGAAAUAUCAAAGCAGCGCUACCUGAGGCAGGUUAGCGCGAUGCUAGCAUGACAUCAUAGAGACGCAGCCAAGCCCGUGCCUGCCUUUACCACUCUAAGAGACGGGCAAGAUGGCCAAGCCCUUCUACAGACUCCAGCGCUUCUUGCGACGGACCCAGCUGCUGUUCCUGUUUCUGGGUGCGGCCUACAUCAUGGCGGGAAGCGUGCUCCUGCUGCAGCGGUCCGGUUUGGUGGUGUAUCAGCGAGGGAGUGGCAGCGGUCUCCUUUCGCUGCCCUCGCUUCCACCGCCGCCUCGCUCCCUGGUGGCCCCUGCCCUUGGGACCAGGUACGGUGGGGUGGGUCCUCAUUUGAGCAUGAAAGGCUCUCAUGGGAGUCAGGCGGAGGAUGCGAUUGGACCCCAGUGGCUGUUGUCACGCAACCAAGAGAUCAGGCACCUGCGCCGUCGCUGGUUCCAUAGCCUCAUGUCCGAGCGAGACACGGCCAGGACGGAGAGAGUCAGUCCGAAGAGAAAUGUCAGACACAAAGGCACCUACAUAGGCUGUUUUUCGGAUGAUGCCAGAGACCGGGCCUUAAAGGGCAUGGUGUUCUAUGAUUUCCGCAAAAUGACCAGUACCCUGUGCCAGGACACCUGUACAGAAAGUGGGUACCAGUACGCCGGCCUGGAGUAUGGGUCCGAAUGUUACUGUGGUAACCGUGUCACCAGUGCUCGAAUGAAGGAGGAGGAAUGUAAUUUGGACUGCAAAGGGGAGAAGGGCUCUGUGUGUGGGGGCGUGGCUCGCCUUUCUGUCUACAAGGUGGAGGAGGUGCUUCCAGGCCAGAGGAGGUACAGGAACGUUCGUUACCGCGGUUGCUUCAGGAGUCCAGACAAUGCUACGUCAGCAUCGUUAAUCCGUGUGUCUCCGCCCAACCUUACAUCGCAGACCUGCAUUGAGGCGUGCACCGAAAAGGAGUUCCCUUUAGCCAUGCUGAGUGGGUUGGGCUGUUUCUGUGGCUAUGCCACUCCAAAUUUCCCCCUCCAUGAGCCCCUGGACGAAGAACACUGCUCCUGUGUUAACAACAGCUGCCCAAGCCCUAAAUCCUGCCAGUCCUUCAUCCAGGUCUACCAGACACCCGUGCAAGACACUAGAUGUACUGAGAAGAGAUUCCUGCCAGACAAGUCGAAUUGGCUGGUGGCGCUGUCCAGUUUCCCUGGGGCAGGCAACACUUGGGUGAGGCAUCUGAUCGAGCUGGCCACUGGAUAUUACACUGGCAGCUACUACUUUGAUGGGACCCUUUAUAACAGAGGCUUCAAGGGCGAAAAGGAUUACUGGAAGAGUGGACGCACCAUCUGCGUGAAGACACACGAGAGUGGCAGGCGCGACAUGGAGAUAUACGACUCAGCCAUCCUGCUCAUAAGAAACCCCUACCGCUCUCUCAUGGCAGAGUUCAACCGUAAAUGUGCAGGACACCUUGGCUAUGCCUCAGACCAGCACUGGAAGAGCAAAGACUGGCCUGAGUUUGUGGGCAGCUACGCGUCCUGGUGGGCGUCCCACGUGCUGGACUGGCUCCAUUUUGGGCGUAGGCUGUUGGUGGUCCACUACGAGGAGCUGCAAGAGUCCCUGGUGCCCACACUCCGCUCCGUCACGUCCUUUCUCAACGUCAGUGUCAGUGAGGAGCGCCUCCUCUGUGCCGAAAACAACAAAGAUGGGAACUUUAAGCGCUCGGGCGCCCAUCGACCUACCUUUGAUCCCUUCACACCUGAAAUGAGGAGACUGAUCGAUGGUUAUGUUAGUGCGGUGGACCAGGCCCUCAGGGCCAGCAACCAUACAGGCCUGCCUCAGGAAUAUCUGCCAAGAUGAUGAGAAGAAGACCUGGAAGAAGAACCAACUCAACUAAACCGGGCUCCACAGUCUAGAUUAAUUGGCUAAAGCCAGGAUGUCAGAAGCAAUGCAUUCAUGGAGAUGUGCAAUAUGACUGUUUGGCUCUGCUGAAAAUUGUGAGGGUGAAAUGGGUUUUGGUUUUAUUCUUGAAUGUGGCAAGUUGUAGAAAGUUUUUUAUAUAUAUAUAUGCCUUGAUGUUUUUAUUUAUUUGCCAAUUUUUCAUAUUUUCUCUAGAGUAUGGCUAUUUAAUACAGCACCAUCAUGUUUAAAUUUUCAGUGAAGAUUUGUUAAAGAUUAGAUCUUGUAAGACUGAUCAACAUUACUGGAAAAAUAUCCCUACGAUAUUUGAGCAAGUGGAAACUGACGUCCAUCAUGUGUCUCUUUCUAGUCUUUGGGAUGCCAUAAGAGUUACAUCUUUUUUUUUUAGACACAUUUUACAUAGACUCCUGUGCACUUUCUGUGUAAUGAGAUCCCAACAGUCAUUUUUAAUAAAAUAAUCUCACGAACAUACAUGUGAUGGCCACUGUUUCCACAGAUAUAGGCUAUGUAUAGAAAUAGUGUCAUCACACAAUUGCAAUCGACUGCUAUAAUGUUUGUUUAAUAGAUAUAUGUCACAAUUAAUUUGACUACAAUCUGACAGAAAGCACAAAGACAAAGUGCUCCUAGGCUCCUGGACAAAUGGAGCGAUAGAAACAGCUAUUGUUCUUGAAAAUGUCAACAACUAGCAUGAUAAAUAAAAAGUUCUUUUCUUGUAAAAUUUUAAUGCAAACUUGUACCAUAAGAUUAAUAUGUCAAUUUUAGAAAAUGGCACCUUGUAGUAGAACCAACAUAAAUAUUAUCGUCUGUCUCUUUGAUAAACAAUCAUCACAAGGGAUUACAGUGAUUGACUUAUCAAAUUAAAGCAGGGUGAUGCUAAUCCUCACUGAGCCAACUAGCCUGACAGCAGGCAGCUUCAAUUGUGUCUGGGUAGUGGUGUUGCGGAAUUCCCUGUGGGUCCUGGAAAAGCCUUGCCGGGUGGUGACCCAAACCUUCUCAGAGCUGGAGUCUGAUGGAUGAUUUGUGGGUAAUUUGAAUGUGUUAAGUUUGUUGGAAAGAAUCUACCAGUUCGACAUUAUUGUCAUCAAAUGUUUUAAGGGGAUGUAAAUGACCUCAUGUAAGGUAGACACACUUUGCUAUUCUUAUAAUCUGAGGAAACAGUGAUCACAAUUCAAAUCACAAUGAAUGUAGGUGACUUCCAGUGUUACCACAGUUUGUAUGUGAUAAUGCAUUUAGUAUUAUAAGGACAGAGCUUUCCUUUGGCAGUUAAAAAACAUGCCUACAACAUACUAUAAAGAAUGGAACGGUGUGUUCUGUGUGUGAAUUAUGAAUGAAUUCUAAUGGGUUCUCGGACUGUGAUUUCCUCAAGGAAGUCAUCACUGAGGUCCGUGUCUGGAAGGCCUGUGACAGAUUAAACUGAAAGGAUUUUAUUUCCAUGCCCCUGUUGUAGAUGAUGAUUGUACGUGUGUGUGUG